AGAGACAGGGAGGCGUGGGCUUGCUGUCCUGUCUCUGCGGUUCUUUUGCUGCGUUUCCAUGCGAGACUGCUUUUCGGUUUCGAGUUGAUGGCCGCACCUGACCGGCGCUUAAGAAAGUGGCUAUGAGCGAACUCCACUCUAUCUCCGUUCCCAAAACCGACAUGCCCUCAAAGCUUCAGCUAGUGGGUAAAGCCUGCUACUCAACCACCGAACCCACCCAGACAUUCCACAUAAGGACACGCAAGUCUCAAGCCCAACACCAUAGAAUCUCAAGCCUCGAGCCCCCCAAACCAACCCAGCAUCAACCUAAUCGAAGCCCCCCUUGUCCAUCCCCAGACAGUUCACCCACGCCGUCCGUCCCACCAACCGGACAAUUCCCACCAAAAACGCGCCACCAUGCAGCCACCAACGCCACCAACGCCACCAAACGUACGUACCAGCGACGCAGCACUAGCAUUGCGAUGCGCGGACAGCAGCUCGAGCCGCCUGGCGCCUGCCAUCCAUACCGCCUGCAUAUGUAUAUUGCGCCGCCGACCGAGCCAGCGCGCGCGGGUCCGGGAUGCCUUGCUCGUGCGAGGGGGGCCGGGGUCCUAAAGGGGUUGCUGGACGCGUGGGGUAAAUGAGUGGGGGAGCCAAGCACUGUCGUUGUCGUGACUGAAACGGAUGUUUGGGUUUGAUGUCUCUGGCUUCUUCAGUGUAGGUUUUUUCGGUAACGAGAUGCGGUUGCUCGACUUAUCGCGCUGAGUUGCCGCGUUGAGAAGGGGAACUAGGUGGGUUUACUGUGAAAAUUCUCGUGCGUGGGUAUGGAGCUACUGGCGAUAUUGAGGGUGUGGAAUAGUGCGCGUGGAGGUGCCGAUGUUGCGAAAGGUGGCGUAUCUAGAUAGUUUCCAUACGUGAGUAUAAAGUUCAGGAUAUUGAGCUCGUAUAACGAGUAUGUAUAUAGUGCUUUGAUGGGUAGUAAUGAACAGUGGAACGUGCC